CGCAUGCGCUUUGGCAGGGGGCUGGAAAUUACGGAAGAGUCAGCAACUUAGAGUCUGAGUGGUGGUGGGGUGGGCGGCAGUCGAGCAGAAUUUGCGGGGUGGGGGUGUCUUCCUCUUAGUUCCCCCCCUCCCCGGCGCAGCGACCGGACGAGAAGAGGCGGGGUGGGCAGUCACCGCUGGCGAAAGGCGAAAGUGGUUUGGAACGUUGCGGGGGUUCUAGAACGGUGGGACCCGAACGGAGCCACGCCCCCUUUUCCCUCCCUUCUCCGCCUGCAAGUUUUUAGUCCGCCUUUUCUACCGCCUGGCUCGUUCCUGCCUUGAAAGUUAUGCCUGCUGAAUGGUUUUCUUGUCCCUAAAUCUUCUCUAGCCAUUUGAGAUUUACUACAUUGGAUCAAAAGCAAGAUGUUACCUACUACAUCAAUUAAUCCUCGAGAUCAGGGCAAUGGAUCUUUAAAUACUCGAUCAUCAGCAAGACACACGGCUGGGGCAAAGCGCUAUAAAUACUUGAGGAGACUCCUUCAUUUUCGUCAUAUGGACUUUGAGUUUGCUGUCUGGCAGAUGUUGUAUCUGUUCACUUCACCACAGAAGGUGUACAGAAAUUUUCAGUAUAGAAAACAAACAAAAGACCAGUGGGCUAGAGAUGACCCUGCUUUCCUUGUGUUGCUGAGUAUCUGGCUGUGUGUAUCCACUAUAGGAUUUGGCUUUGUGUUAGGCUUGGGAUUUCUUGAAAUGAUAAAGCUGCUGCUGUGGGUCGUGUUUAUAGACUGUGUAGGAGUUGGCCUUCUGAUUGCAACUUUAAUGUGGUUUAUCUCCAAUAAAUUUUUGCUAAAGCAUCCGAACAGGGACUAUGAUGUAGAAUGGGGAUAUGCCUUUGAUGUUCAUUUGAAUGCUUUCUACCCGCUUCUUGUUAUCCUGCAUUUUAUCCAGUUGUUUUUCAUUCAUUAUGUAAUUUUAUCAGCAUCGUCUAUUGGCUAUUUUGUUGGAAAUACUUUCUGGCUGGUUGCAAUUGGUUAUUACAUCUAUGUGACAUUUCUGGGAUACAGUGCACUGCCAUUCCUGAAGAACACGGUGAUCCUUCUGUAUCCAUUUGCGCUUCUCAUCUUGCUGUACGUGGUCUCUUUAGCCAUUGGGUGGAACUUUACUAAAGCACUUUGCGUUUUCUACACAUACAGAGUGAAAUAAACUGGUCUCUAAUAAAUAACACCUUGUACAAAGGUCAAACCUGGUGAAAUGAAGAUACUCUUGUACAUUCCUGUAAAUAACUUACUCCUCACUGUAGAUCAGUGUAUACAAAAUGUUUGGUUUUUUAAAAAACAAAAGCACUGACAGCCUUCUGAAAAUAAGCCUUCUAUAUCCCUCCUUUGUGGACGAAUUGUAUAUCUCUGUAAUAAAGAUUCUUUUUAAAAUUAAA